AUUAUAGGGAAGAAACCGCCAGAAAUUAUUGGAAUCAGCGGUGUCUGUGGUCGUAAAUUCACCGUCUUUUUCUGCCCGAGAAUGGCCGAGGAAAAUGCGGAGGUAGGUAGGCGACGUCGUCUACCAACGUGGAUGGUGGGUGCAACUGCAAGUGCAACUGCUGCCGUCGACGAUCAAGAUAGAAAGAAGACGACCACUGGCGACCCUGAAGAAGGAAACCCAAAUUUGCCUAGAAAUUCGAUUCCUCCCCGAACUCGAGCCAAUACAAGCAAAAGACGAAAAGCGAAAGUUGCAACCUUUAGAAAUCGUGAGGAAGUCCCCACCCAUGACGAUGAUGAUGACGACGCCGGCUUGACGGUUGAAGAUCUUGUAACCAUUGCUCAGGAGUACGUCAAGGUCAAUCAGUAUUCAGAGUCGAAACGGCCAUUAAACCAAAAAUGUGAGCCACAAGGACAACAUGCAACAAUAACAUCCUCGAGCAAUGAUUUGGAAGGCCCUUUCUUAGCUCCCUUUAAUGAGCAGCAAUUGCCCAGCAGUGAAACUACUGCUUCUUGUUCUUCCAGUAUGAAUUUAACAAGUGAACAAAGCUUAAUUAAAGUCAGCCAUACAGGGGAUCCUGCUCAGGACAUGCUUGAUCUGUUCUUGGGCCCCUUGCUCAAGAAACCACCACUAGAGGAUGAAAAGAGAAGUGGGUUAUUCUCAAAAGAUACAGAUUUGGUCUUUGAGUUGAGAAAGCGAAGUCAGAAUGAUGUUGGAGAAGAAAUAGUUCCCGUAACAAAGAAGAAGAGCAGUCUCAAGGACAAGGUAUCCAUGCUACUUGACUGAAAUAUUUUCCUCUUAACUAAGAUCCAGUUUUAGAAUGAAGCAGAAUUCUAGACAUUUUGGUGAUCCUGUUUGACAGAAUGUUUUCAUCAUUAAAUAUCAUUUUGACACUUUAAAUCUCAUCAAAUCUUCAUCAUAGGUUCUUCCCUAGGUGCUUAUGUUUGCCCCAGCAUCUUGGUUUUAUCAAUAUAUUCUUGGACAUAGUUUAGGAGUGGUCUGAAAGUAUCUUGUGUGCAGAAUAUGAGGCAAUAAAAUGUUACAUUUCCGUGUAUAUAUAUAUAUUUUCUUUUUUUCUUUCUGGAUAAAGAACUUCAAUGGACUGUAUAGUUGGUAGAGCUGGUCCUGUUUCUUUACACAUUCAUCAUGAAUUUUUCUCUUUAUGUAAUGUUUUCUUCUCCAGUUUGUUUGGGGACAAUGAAAGUUCUUAAGAGUUUUUUACUUUAAAAUCCAAAAGUGAUUUCCCA